GCGAGGUGGCUCAGCCGCAAGAUGGCGGCGCUGGCGGAGGAGCAGACGGAGGUGGCGGUCAAGCUGGAGCCUGAGGGACCGCCGACGCUGCUACCCCCGCAGACUGGCGACGGCGCAGGCGAGGGUAGCGGUGGCACUCCCAACAACGGCCCCAACGGCGGCAGCGGGAAUGUGGCGGCCGUGGCGGCGACGGCGGCGGCCGGCGGGGAUGGCGGGACCCCCAAGCCCGUGGUGGCCGUCUCUGCCUCUGCCCCGGCGGGGGCGGCCCCGGUGUCCGCCGCUCCCACGGAGGCCGGCGCUCCCCACGACCGGCAGACCCUUCUGGCAGUGCUGCAGUUCCUCCGGCAGAGCAACCUCCGCGAGGCCGAAGAGGCGCUGCGCCGUGAGGCCCGGCUGCUGGAGGAGGCAGUGGCGGGCUCCGGAGCUCCGGGAGAGCUGGACGGGGCCGGCGCGGAGGCGGCUAGCGCGCUUCUCAGCCGGGUCACCGCUUCAGUCCCCGGCUCUGCGGCCCCUGACCCUCCGGGCAGCGGCGCUUCGGGGGCCACGGUGUUCUCGGGUUCAGCCUCAGGUCCUGUGGCUCCAGGAAAAGUUGGAAGUGUAGCUGUGGAAGACCAGCCAGAUGUCAGUGCUGUCUUGUCGGCCUACAACCAGCAAGGAGACCCUGCAAUGUAUGAAGAAUACUACAGCGGACUGAAACACUUCAUUGAAUGUUCUCUGGACUGCCAUCGAGCAGAAUUAUCCCAACUCUUUUAUCCUCUGUUUGUACACAUGUACUUGGAGCUAGUUUAUAAUCAACAUGAAAAUGAAGCAAAAUCGUUCUUUGAGAAGUUCCAUGGAGAUCAGGAAUGUUAUUACCAGGAUGACCUACGAGUAUUAUCUAGUCUUACCAAAAAGGAGCAUAUGAAAGGGAAUGAAACCAUGCUGGACUUUCGAACAAGUAAAUUUGUUCUCCGUAUUUCCCGUGACUCUUACCAACUCUUGAAGCGGCAUCUUCAGGAGAAGCAGAACAAUCAGAUCUGGAACAUAGUUCAGGAGCACCUCUACAUCGACAUCUUUGAUGGGAUGCCUCGGAGUAAGCAACAGAUAGAUGCCAUGGUGGGAAGUCUGGCGGGAGAGGCUAAGCGAGAAGCAAACAAAUCCAAGGUAUUUUUUGGUUUAUUAAAAGAACCAGAAAUUGAGGUGCCUUUGGAUGAUGAGGAUGAAGAGGGAGAAAAUGAAGAAGGAAAACCUAAAAAGAAGAAGCCUAAAAAGGAUAGUGCUGGGUCUAAAAGCAAGAAACAAGAUCCCAAUGCCCCGCCUCAAAACAGAAUCCCUCUCCCUGAGUUGAAAGAUUCAGACAAACUGGACAAAAUAAUGAAUAUGAAAGAAACUACCAAACGAGUACGCCUUGGGCCCGACUGCUUACCCUCCAUUUGUUUUUAUACAUUCCUUAAUGCUUACCAGGGCCUCACUGCAGUGGAUGUCACUGAUGAUUCCAGUCUGAUUGCUGGAGGUUUUGCAGAUUCAACCGUCAGAGUGUGGUCUGUGACACCUAAAAAGCUUCGUAGUGUCAAACAAGCAUCAGAUCUUAGUCUUAUAGACAAAGAAUCAGAUGAUGUCUUAGAAAGAAUCAUGGAUGAGAAAACUGCAAGUGAGUUGAAGAUUUUGUAUGGUCACAGUGGGCCUGUCUAUGGAGCCAGCUUCAGUCCGGAUAGGAACUAUCUGCUCUCCUCUUCAGAGGAUGGAACUGUUAGACUCUGGAGCCUUCAGACAUUUACUUGCUUGGUGGGAUAUAAAGGACACAACUACCCAGUAUGGGACACACAGUUUUCUCCAUAUGGAUAUUAUUUUGUGUCAGGAGGCCAUGACCGAGUAGCUCGGCUUUGGGCUACAGAUCACUAUCAGCCUUUAAGGAUAUUUGCUGGACAUCUUGCUGAUGUGAAUUGUACUAGAUUUCAUCCAAAUUCCAACUAUGUUGCUACGGGCUCUGCAGACAGAACUGUGCGGCUCUGGGAUGUGCUCAAUGGUAACUGUGUCAGGAUCUUCACUGGACACAAGGGACCAAUUCAUUCCUUGACAUUUUCUCCCAAUGGGAGAUUCCUGGCCACAGGAGCCACAGAUGGCAGAGUACUUCUUUGGGAUAUUGGACAUGGCUUGAUGGUUGGAGAAUUAAAAGGCCACACUGAUACAGUGUGUUCACUUAGGUUUAGUAGAGAUGGUGAAAUACUGGCAUCAGGUUCAAUGGAUAAUACAGUACGGUUAUGGGAUGCCAUUAAAGCAUUUGAAGAUUUAGAGACUGAUGACUUUACUACCGCCACUGGGCAUAUAAACCUACCUGAGAAUUCCCAGGAGUUAUUAUUGGGUACAUAUAUGACCAAAUCAACACCAGUUGUACACCUACAUUUUACUCGAAGAAACUUGGUUCUAGCUGCAGGAGCUUACAGUCCGCAAUAAACCAGCGGUAUUAGAGACCUUUUGGAAGCUACUGUUUGGAAAAGGGAGACUAAAAAGCAAAUACCUCAGUGAUUAGUAUUUAAGCUACAAAGAAUGUUUUUGUCUACAUGGAUCUGGGAGUAUGCUGCUUGGAAAAUCUGAACAGGACAGUUCCACGUUUCUCUAGCAACCACAUUGAACUAAUUUCCGUUAGUUGAAUAAGAGGUAUUAUGUUCAUGGAGGGGACAUUUAUGGUGCUUUGGAUUGUGUGGAAACUAUGCAUUUUUCUGUUCAAAUGCUAUUUUAAUUUAUUAUGUUUAGAAAGGAA